CUGUCCCUGAUUUUAUGUCCUUUCCCCCCCCUCCCACCGAUGAAGCGAUCGAGUUCGGCUUAUGUCGUUAUAGUUGGUUCCAGACGUACAAGUUUGACGUGACGUGACAUGCUUUUGCUUUGGUGUUUGUUGUGCUUGGACUUUGCGAGAGAGUGGAACGAUGUAAACAAUACCAAAGAACAAUGAAAUAACUCGCAUCUCUCCUCUUUAUAUGCAAUUUUUCGCCGUGAUUUUUCUUAUUUAUUGUCUGCCCCAGAAUUCAAGUAUCGUGGGAAUCUGAAGGCUGUAUUCCGUUCAUUUUCUCACGGGAACAUAAUGACAAAAUUUGACAGCAUCCAAUCUUCAAGGGGGAAGAAGAAAUUGAGGCGUCUAUGUUCUCAACACAUUUCAUGAAGUCCCCUUAUUAGCUGUCAUUUUUAAGAUAUAAUAAAAAUUGAACAAAAAUGGCAGUUGCUCAAGAAAUUGAAGACUUUAUGCGAGGACCUUUGGUUACUUGGUUUUGCUCGUGCCUGGAUAAUCCUGAUCGGUUGACUGAAUAUGAAGAUUUAGCUGAUGGAACCCUUAUCCAUGAGGUUUUGCUCCAAAUAGAUCCAGAGCCUAUGCAUCAUGGCGUUUCACCUAGCCAUGGGAACCAUGUAAUCAGAAUCAAGAACAUGCACGUGCUCAUCAAGAAUAUCAAGUGCCUGUAUGAGGAGGAGCUGGGCCAGGUGGUGCUGGUGUUGCCAGACUGCGUGAAGCUAGGCCGAGAGCCGGAUAGCAAGGCUGGCUUGGAGAACAUGCAGCUCUUGUUACUGUUGCUCCUGGGCUGUGCUGUGCAAUGCCCCAAUAAGGAGACCUUUAUUGAGCACAUCAAGGCGUUGGAUGUGGACGUGCAGCACGACAUAGUGGAUUGCAUUAAGCAGGUUACUGACAAUCAUCACAUAGUUUUGACACAAGAGGCGACUGAUGUCUUCCCAUCUGAUUUGAUGGUGAAUCACAUUAGAAGAUUGGUCAAGGAGAGGGAUGAUUAUUUGCAGCAUUGGACCAGCUUAGUCCUUCUGGACAGAGGGGAGAGCUCCGUAUCCAAUGGGUCUCCGAGCGAGGCCCAGCGGAAAGCCUCUGCCUCAGGAGGUACCAGUGGAGACUCGUACCACUUGGCUGUUGAGCUGGCAGACUGGAAGGCCCGUCUUCGGAAGCAACGCCAGGAGUUGGAGGAGAAGUCUGAAGCUCUGGCAGAGUGCAGGGAGGACCUGGAGCAUCAGAAGGCUCUUGUUACACGGCUGCGCCAAGAAGUUCAGGAGCUCAUGCAGGACGCUCGAGCUGCAAAGGCAUAUAGGGAUGAGCUUGAUGCUGUCAGAGAGCGUGCUGAACGGGUUGAUAAGCUGGAGGUGGAGGUACAGCGCUAUCGAGAAAAACUAAGUGACAUCGAAUUCUACAAAACACGAGUGGAAGAAUUGAGAGAAGAUAAUAGAGUCCUGUUGGAAACUCGUGAAAUGUUAGAGGAGCAGCUGGCAUCUGCAAGGCGUCGAGGUGAUCAUGUUCUGCAAUUGGAGGGAGAUGUUCUCAAAUGCAAGCAGCACAUUAAUGAGCUAACAUUAGAGCGAGAUGCUCAGCAAGACAAACUCCAAGAACUUUUUGAAGAGAAUGCUCAACUACAACUUCUGGCACGUUCAGCUCUUAAUGACAGCAGCAGCUCAGCAACAAAAGGCGAUGGGGAGAGUGAUGGUGCAGAUGUUAUGGAAGGAGGAUCAGGUGACAACAGUCUGUCUGAGCAGCUGACAAGCAAUGCUCAAGCCAGGGCAUUACGCUUGGAGCUUGAGAACAAGAGGCUUCUCUCAGCCAUAGACAGUCUGAAAGAAUCUUCAUUUCACGAGAGCAGUAACAAAAUUUUGGAGCUGGAAAAGGAGAAAAAGAAACUGUCAAUAAAGGUGGAGAAGAGCCGUGUGGAGGAGUUGGAGAAGAGUCUGGAGGGUGUGAGCAAGGAGAAGCAGCAGUUGCAGAGCUCUGCGAGUAGCCUGCAGAGGCGCUUGGAAGAGCAGGAGCGGCUGGCCAACACGAGCGCCCAGCAGGCUGAGGAGUGGAAGGCAGAGGCCCAGCGGGUCCCAGCCAUUGAAGCCACGUACAACGAAGCUAAGGCCAAACUGGAGACUCUGGAGAGGGAGAAUGCUGCGAUGCAGAAGGAAGUGACCCGUCUGAGGAGUUUGGUUGAGGAGAAGGACGUAGCUCUGGACCAGAGGACCAGUGAAGCUACUGUGCAAGAAAAGGAACUGGCAAGGAUGAAAAAGGACUUGGAUGAUGCCUUCUUGCAAAUUACAAGGCUACAGGAGGUGGAGCGAGAGGGUCAGGAGGUAGCAAGCAGAGCUGCAGCUGACCGCCAAGCCCUCAGUACUCUGCAGAAUGAACUGGUGAGGCACAAGCUAGGGGCACAGCAGCUGCGCCAUGCCUUUGAGAAGUUAGGCUUGGAUCCUGACCAACUGCAAGAUCCGGAAACUGUUUUAGACAGAAUUCUUCUGAGCCAGGAAGUGGUGCGUGGUGUGAAGGAGCUUUUGGAGAAAGAGGGAGCAGCAGGGGAGCCUGUGGGUGCAAGUACUGACUCUGCAGCUGGCAUCAACCAGUCCAGUGAAGACUUGCAGUCAGAGCUGUUGGCACUGCAAAGCACUGCUGACACUCUCCAGUCUGACAAUGCCCAGCUGCAAGUAACUGUGUCUACCCUCCAGUCACAGGUCUCGUCGCUCUCUACUCAGUAUACAGCAUUGCAGCUAGCCAAUUCACAGCUGGCAGCAGAGAAAGAUGAGCUGAUGAAGGAAAAAGGAUUGCAGCAGGCUGCACACAACCAACUUCUUAAGGAUCAAGAUACUCUCCAGUCAUUGCAUGAAGUGCUUUCUACUCAGUAUGAGAGCUUGUGUGUCGAGCGAGAGGGACUAAAGGGUACCAUACGUGAUCUUCGUUCAGAAAUACGAUUGCUGAAGACUCAAAACGAGAAACAACAUGAAGAAUAUAUUUCUUUACAACAGGAGAGUGAUAAAUUUAAAACUGAAUCACAUUCUUUAGGAAAUCUCAGGGCAGAGCACUCCAGUCUAAAGGAUGACUUCCGGCAGCUAUUUACUGCUAAUGAAAAACUACGUAAGGAGUACCACAGUUCACAAUUGGAGAAUAGGACGAUGAGAGUGGAGAAUGGAAAUUUAAAGCUUCGUCUAACAGAGCAACAAGGGGAAUUGGCUAAAUGCAAUGAUCACAUUACAGCUUUAGAAGUAGAGCUCUCCAAGAAGAAUAACAAAUUUGAGUUGUUGCUGCAAAUGAAUAAUUCCUAUGAAGAUGAUAAGAGAGUCCUCAUGGAUCAUAUGUCUCAAAUGCUGAGUCAAAUACAUGAUUUAGUCACUCACUCUCUUGAAGAUAAGCAGCAUUAUCAUAUGGAAGAGAAAAUGUUGACAGAUAAAUUAAAUAAUAUUCGCCGACAAAAAGAAAAACUAGAAGAAAAGAUAAUGGAACAUUAUCGGAGACUUGACAGCUGUUCAACCAAAAAGAAAAGUUUUGGAGCAACCUUAGUGAAGCGUGUUCGAAAAGCUGGAUCUGAAUUCAUGAGUAAGGUUCCUCGAAACCGGAGAUCAUGGAGAGAAGAUUCACAGCUUGAGGAGCAUCCCCAGCCUUGUCACGGGUCCGAGUCGGGAGAAGGUGGCAAUGAGUCGGACACUAGUAUGGAUGACGCUCGUUCUCGUCUUCUCAGAGAUACUCAUAAUUCUGAUGGUUUUACCCAGAGUUCCUUAAGCCUUGGUAGUGCUGGAACAAGGAGAACUGUGAAGAUUCAAGAUGAUAGAUCUAGCUUCCAUGGAACAACAGAACUUCCAGACACAUCGAAUUCACAACAGGAUCAGAGCAGGUUUCUUGUUUACAACCGGAUAUCAACCGUGAUUGGUGGCGGAGAUGCAGGUGUGGCUAGUCAGAACCAAGCACUACAUGAAGCACCCAGCCAGGGCAGUUUAUUGUCAACACGUUCCCAUUCUCCAGCACCAGGAGAUAAUAAACGUGGUGGCCCUUCUCGUGCUAACAAAAGUGGGAAAACAGACAACUCUGUAUGGUAUGAAUAUGGUUGUGUGUGAAGGUGUGGAGCACAAUUUGUAGUUUUUUAUAGCUUAUAUCAUGUAAUGACCUCGGAGCCUGAGGGCAUUGCCUCAGUUGAAUUUGAAAUGUCUGGUCAAUGUUCAAAAUUUUUGUUGGGCAUUUCUUUGCAUUUGUAGACAUUGCAGAACAUUCUCAUACCAAUUAAGAAUAACUCCAUUAUGUGCCUACAUUUCAACGCCAGGUGCAGAGAAAGAAAGGUAUGACAAAGCCUACAUAUGAAAGGGUUGGAGGUGUUUAGAGAAUAUUGUUAUUUAUUAUCAGGUAUAUUUGCAACCAUGCAUUUUGAGAGUCUAUUCAAAGGCUAUAACCAAGCCCUUUUUUCAAGGAGUCUAAAUGAAAAUAUACCUACAAGUGUCUUGACUAGUGGUUCCACCCCUUGGGCAAGGUGUUUACAGUGGCUUGAGGAUAUUUUUAUAAAUAAUUUAUUUACGAAUUAUUUUUCUUAUACAUCACUGUGUGGUAUGCUUUGCACACAACUGCAUAGAUUUUACUAACUAUUUUUAGCUUUAUUCAAAUAGAUUCAGACACCAUCCGGGCUGGUCAGACUGAACAAUCUGGUUUUUAUGUGACAGAUGAAAUGCUUUCUAUUCUAUUCUAUAUUAGUUUUUUUAAUAAAAAAAUAACUUUUUCCCUCAUUACAAAAAAUUUUAGAAAAAUGUUUUUAAAAAAAAUUAGAAAAUGUACAUGUUGAUAUAAUUUUUAGAUCUAAUCAAAGAGAAAAAUCAAGCUUCCUAAUUCCUACCAAUAUCUAAAUAUUCAUCUUUUCUUCUAGUUAUUUACUCAAUUAUUUUCUUGACCUGAAGUUGACAAAAACUAAUUUAUUAAAGGAGCCAGAUUUUAUUCCAAUAAUAUUUUCUCUUUUUCUGAAUUUUAAAAAUAAUUAAUAUCUUUUGUGUAAACAGAUGGUCCUAUUCUGAAUUUUUGUUCAGUAGACUUGCCAUGGGUAUUUUUGAAUUAUUUCUUAAUUCUGGGGUGGGUCAAAUAUUUAAUUGGUGUCUGUGUGUAUUUGUGUACAUUAUCCUGUAUUAUUUAAAGACUGCUUUCAUAAGUUGUCACAUUCCUGCCUUAUUAAGGAAAAAUGAGACUGGAAUAAAUGGAAAAUGUUGAGGACUAAGGCAUGGCUGUACCUUCCUUCAAAGUGAUUUGCAUUAAGAAUUCAGUUAAUCACUUUCAAUGUAAAUGUUGAGGGUAUUACUCAUCUUCUUGGCAGCAGUAUAUUCUGCCAUGCUUUGUAGGGAAUAUUAAAGGUUAUAGUUCCUUAAGAUGGAAUGUCUAAAAUGACUUCAAAUGAGUCCCUAGAUUAAAAAUAUUUCACUCGGCAAAAAAUGUGGCCUUGUUUGUUUCUUCAGUAUAAAUAUAUUCAUAAUUUGUCCAUAGCCUAUUUGUAAAUAAUAUGUGCAUGAUCAAGUUUUAAAUUAUUUAUUUUAUAAAUUUAUGAGAAAAAUGUAAUACCAUAGUUCAUAAUUCCUAUUUUGUUCUGCUGACAAAUAAUAGAAAGGUGUCACUAUUUGUAUGCAGAUAAUGCUAUUAUUUGCCACUAUAAUGGCUAUAAGUGUAUCUCAAUUUAUGGCAUGCUAAGUUUUUUAAUACUUGCCAUAGAGCAAAAUCAACUGGGGAAGAAAACAUUGUUUUAAAACGGUAGUUUCGAUUAAACUUCUUGGAUUAAAAGUGUGUGAUCUCUUUGACUCAACAUCUAUAUUGGGAAGUGUUGGGUGAACUACCUGUUUAAGGAAAUUGGAUCAUGCACAAGAAAUAUGAAGUAAAUUUUCACAUUCUCCCUGUUUAUUUGGCCAAGAUUAUGAUACAUAAACCUUAAUCUUAAAAAAGAAUGAUCUGCUCUCCCUUCUUUUCAAAAUAUAAACGUAUCUCUUUGUAAAUCAUUUUAAAAAUGAAUUGUUCAUGUACUUUUGCGAAACAAUUGAAGGCAAUAUGCAUAAAAUAAGUAUUUUGUGAUUUGAACUUGAAAGUAAUUAGUUUAAUUUUCAUUUCUUACCAUAGUUUCAUGUAUUCGUUGUAGUAGUUAAAUAGGGACAAAAGGCCAAGAGCUCUAAAAUGUAUACUAUGGCUCAGUGAUUUUUUUUAAGUUUUAUAUGCAUGAUUACUAUUUUCUUUUUUCUUAAAUUAGCCAGGCAGCAGUGAAAAAAGACCUAUUAGUAUUUAAUAUUACAAGACAGCACAGGGGCUCAUGUAUUUUUCUUCUCCAUAUCAAGGAGCACUCAAACUUCUGAAAAAGACCAAUAUCAUUCUGAUUUCAUGUCUCACUGCCAUUUCAUGUGAAUUCAUGCGUAGACUGAUUUACACUACUAGGAUUUAUAUCUGUGGAUCACCUUCUUUUCUCAAAACAAUGUAAAUUUGUUAUGCACAUCAAAUUGAGUUAAUGAUCAGGUGUGAUAAAGUGAUCUUGUAACUCCUUUCUGAACCAAUGUUACUCUUGUCACUUUUGAUCUGGAUUUCUUUGCCAUUAGUUUAAUAUGCUUAUCAGUAGUGGAAGUUGAUGCGCCAUUGUGACAAAAGCCGGAAAAUUAUUAAUUAUUUAAACUAAAGCGGAAAGCCUAAAAAUAUUUAAAUUUUGAGAAUCUCUACAAAAAAUGUUUAAUUAUAGGCGCAUUGCGAAUUUUAUCUGAAAUUGGUAUUAAUAUGACAAUUUCCACAAAUGAAAUUACCUCAAAAAAGUUUCGAAUGUGUCAAAUAUUAAUUAUAUUGUGUGCUACUUUUCAAGUACACAAAGAGAGUGCUUCUUUGUCAGUUGUAUCAACACCUUGUGGCUUCGUCAAAGAAGAUGCUUAAGUAAUAACUUUUUUUUUUUAAUACACAGUCUUGAUUGGUUCAUAAUAGAUGUACAGUUCAAUGCAAAUUUUAGUGUUAAUUUCGUGAGUGGCAAUUAGUCAUCAAGAUUCUUUGUUCUCAAUGUCUUUAUGAAAUUCAUAAAAUCUAGAAGACGGAUUCUUAACUCUAACAAGAGUGAUAUUCUCAUCUUUUGCCAUUACUUUUGACUUGCUGCAAAAGAAUUUGGUCUUCCAAAUGUAGUUGUACCAGUUUUUCCGAAAACUCAAAAAUUCUGAGAAAAUGUUUGUUUAGUUUUGUAAAAUUGUGGUAUUUACAUUAUUAAUUCAUUCGUUUUGAACAUUAUGUUGCCGAUCCAUAUUACAAUUUCUUCACUUUCUAUCCUCAUGUUUCAAUCUUUCCAAAGGAUAUAUUUUGAAUAGAAUUGUAAAAGUAUACGAAAUGAAAUGGCAAAGAGAUAUUUAUAAACCGAAUGCUUUUCAUUAUGCUACCUUAAAAAAAUUAUGCAUUCAAAACUUGCCUCUCUGAGUUAUCUUGAUUUAGUUAGAAACUUAAAUUUGUUGUCUCAAUAAAAUUUACUCUUACCAAUCUCUUCUUGAGAGUAUCCAUUUAAGCAAUAAAAAGUAAAUUUUGACAUGACAUUUUGGAACCUUGUUAUAAUUGGAGCGGGAACAAACCAAAAAGUGCCUUUAAUGUAGUUAGUCGCUAGAAAUGACGUGAUAAAAAAAUUAAUUGGUUGGAAUGCCAUUACUCAAUGAGACUUACGGAAGUUCCGCUUAAGAAACAAAAAAUACCAGUUUUAUAAAUUAUUUGUAUUUGACUAUGAAGAGCAUUUAAGAUAACAUCAUUAUGUAGUCAUCUAAAUAAUAUUUCUAUUACACAAAUGCAUUUACAUUCUUUUGGUCUUCCAUAUUUUUUUAUGCCGAGUCAGCUGCAUAACAAUUAGUGUGUCAUUACACCUUCUGCCCACACAGUUACUGGCAAAUGAGUUUACAUUUGUUUACAGACUUCAUGAGUGAUUUCAAAAGAAUGUUUGAAUGUAAUAAAACAUUUUAUAGUAAGAAGUUUGAAUGUUAUUUAUAAUGUUAUGUCUUUAAUACACAUAUUUUUAAAUUUAGAUUUUUAAUUUAAUUUUUGUGAUUUUAUUUUGUAUUGUGAAUAAUGUUCCAUUUUGUAGUUACCCAAGCUAUAUUGAAAUGCUUAUAAAGAAAUAGAAGGAAUGAAAA